GCCAGCACAAGCACAGGACGCACAAGACUCGCACAAGACGCUCACAAGACGCCCCAAGGACAUUGAUCGACGAUAGCGACACAAGGAUAAGGAGCAGAAGAACAGGAAGCUGAAGCAGAAGGACAAAUAAGGAGGAACAGAAGGAGAAGGAGAAGCAGCAUUGCGAUUGAGACCAGGACCCAGCCCUGCUUUGGAUAUCACAGCUUCACUAGCUUCGGCAACACCAGCUUCACUCUCGCACACUCUCCAACGCACUCUUCGACGCAUCGAGGCUUUUACACACCCUCUCGCAUCAACCAAACACACUAGCACCUACGCUUCGAUACACGCCAUCGGCACGAUGAAGACUAUGCUGUUUACAGCUGCGGCGCUGCUCGUCUGCGCCUGCCUCGCUUCGGGACAGACCACCUCCACAGCACCCACGACAGAUGGCUCAGGCUCUGGCACAGGCCCCACACUGCAGACGACCACAGUACCGACGACCACGUCUACAACGAUGGAUGGCUCUGGCUCUGGCUCUGGCACGGGCCCCACCUUUUCAUCCACGACGACAACCACCGCCACCUGCACCUCUCUGUGCGUGGACAAGCCCAAGCCGUGCUCGCAGAUCUACGAUGCGCAGGCGUGCCAGGCUGAGGACGCGUGCGAGUGGGACUACACCAACUCGUGCAAGGACAAGGACCUCGGCUGCUCCAACCGCACCGCUGAGGCAUGCGUGUACUACCAGCAGUGCAUGGUGAUCGAGGACUGCCCAACAACGACCACCACCACGACGACGACUACGACGACAACCACCACCACAACCACCACGUGCCCCUCUGUGUGCACGGAGAAGGCCAAGCCGUGCUCCCAGCUGUACGACGCUCAAUCAUGCAAUGACAACGAGCUCUGCCAGUGGGACUACACCGGCCAGUGCAUGGACAUUGUCUUUGGCUGCGAGUACAUUGCGACCGAGAACUGCACCAGCGUCGUUGGCUGCCAGCUUGAGGAGAACUGCCCCACGACCACGACGACAACCACCACCACCACCACAUGCGAGAUGGUUGGCACGUGCGAGCCCCUGAACGCGUACGCGUGCGACUACGCCUACCGCGUGGACUGCGAGGCCCACUACGGCUGCCAGUGGGACUACACCGGCUUCUGCUACGCCAUGCAGCACCCAUGCGUCUACAUUCAGGAUGAGGGCGAGUGCUCGUACAACAGCAACUGCACGUGGCACGAGGAGUGCCUUCUCAAGAACGACACCGUGCCCGACAGCACCACCCAGGGCUACACGACCACCAACCGCCCGUACACAACAACCACCACGGAGGCAGCAUACACCACCACGCCGCCCGCCUACACGACGACAACGACAACCACCAAGGCCUACACGACGGCCACCACCACGCAGGCCUACACGACGACCAAGAAGAACGUGUACACCACGCCCAACAGCUACCCGAGGUCCACCACUGAGAUUGGCCUUGGCGACCCCGUCACCACCACCGCCAACCCCAACAACGACGCGUCCUCGGCAGCCUCCCUCUCUGGCGGCGCUGUGGCCGGCAUUGUCGUGGGCGUGCUCGUGCUCGUGGCCGCCGUUGCUGCCGUCGUUGUCACCCGCAAGCGCGCCAAGUCAAACUCUGCAGACGUGACGACAUCCAACGACGACGGCGUUGUGCCGCCGCCACAGACCGGGGACAACGCCGUCUGAGCCACGGCGGUGGCCUGACGUGUGAUGAUGGCGAUGAUGUGAAAGGAAAAGGAGAAUGUGGAUGAUGCGUGGAUGAUGCGUGGAUGACGCGUGAAGGACGUGUACUUACAUUAUAACUGUGCCCCUCUGGUGGUUUUGUGUCUUGCUGUGACCCCAUAUGUGUACAUUUCUCU